UUUGGGUCUUGCAUUCUCUCUCUCCUCUCCCACAUACACAUACAUUCUCUCUCUCUCUAGGAUCCCUGCAUCACAAUUGACAUACACAUUUCCAGUGACCCACAUGGUUUUCAUUUUUCUUCUUCUUGCUCUCCUGUAAGAUCCCCAAAUUCCUCAUACAUAUACACACACAUUUGCAGGGAGAUAUAUAUACAUAUAGAUACAGAUCAAUCACAAUCUGUAUCAUCAUCAAAAACCCACCAUGGAUCUCCCACCUGAAGAGCUCCAAUUCCUGAGCAUCACUGACAUCCUCAAAGAAUCCACCUCAAUCCCAAAACAAUCCCCAAAAACCUUCUACCUCAUAACCCUAACCCUAAUUUUCCCUCUCUCCUUCGCCAUUCUCGCUCACUCUCUCUUCACCCUCCCUCUUCUCACCCAAAUCGACUCCCCAUUUGGUUCUCACUCCUCGCAAUGGACCAAACUCCUCAUCUUCCAGUUCUUCUACCUCAUUUUCCUCUUCGCUUUCUCUCUCCUCUCCACAGCCGCCGUAGUUUUCACCGUUGCCUCUCUCUACACCUCCAAACCCGUCUCUUUCUCCUCCACUCUCUCUGCAAUUCCCAGCGUUUUCAAGCGACUUUUCAUCACCUAUUUAUGGGUUACUCUCACAAUGUCCAUCUACAACAUUGUCUUUGUGGGUUUUUUGAUUCUUCUCCUCAUUGCUGUUGAUACCCAGAACCCAAUUUUGUUCUUUUUCUCCAUGAUUGUGAUUUUCCUUCUUUUUCUUGUUGUUCAUGUUUACAUUACUGCGUUGUGGCACUUGGCUAGUGUGGUUUCGGUGCUCGAACCGGUUUAUGGGUUCACGGCAAUGAGGAAGAGCUAUGAGUUGUUGAAGGGGAGGACAUGGAUGGCCAUUGUGCUUGUUUUCGUGUAUUUGGCGAUUUGUGGUGUGAUUAAUGGGAUUUUUGGAAGUGUUGUGGUUCAUGGUGGAGAGGAUUAUGGGAUUCUUGUGAGGAUUAUGGUUGGUGGGUUAUUGGUUGGGGUGUUGGUGAUUGUGAAUUUGAUUGGUUUGAUGGUGCAGAGUGUGUUUUAUUAUGUUUGCAAGAGUUAUCACCAUCAAGGGAUUGAUAAGAGUGCUCUGUAUGAUCAUCUUGGAGGAUAUCUUGGAGAGUAUGUGCCUCUCAAAAGCAGCAUUCAGAUGGAGAACUUGGAAGUUUGAGACCAUGGUGAGGGAGGUUAUUAUAUCUACUUGCUUUUUGUAUGCAAUGGAAUGAUAUGUAAAGGGGACACCUUUAAAUGGCUGGGUGAGUAUUCUGUUUCUUGGGUACUCAUAUUUGUUUGUCAAAAUAAAGAUUUUAGAAAGUCCUUGCUUUUGUUGUUGGAUUAUACUCAAAUGUAGUUUCAUGGAAUGAUCUUAUGUUGUUCAAUGGUGAUAUAGGUGGAAGAACUUGAUUUUGUUGAUUCA